AUGACAUCUUCACGCGUCUUCGACAUUCCCGCCGAGUUUCAGGACAAGGUCCGGUUCGUGGAACCACUGGACUCCAGAUCCGACCAAGAAAUCCUCGAUGACCUCGCCAACCCCUCGCCCGUGACCUCGGAAAAGAACAUCUGGGCCUUCUGGCAUGCCGGCCUUCACGACAUGCCGGCGUGGUGCCAGCGCAACGUCAUCGGCUGGUCCAGAAUCUGCGGUCCAGAAUGGACGAUCCGGGUCUUGGACACUGUCAAAGACUCCCCGAGCAACGCUCUGAACUGGGUGAAGGAAGAAGAUGUUCCCAAGGCUUUCGCGGCAAAGACCAUGAAUGGCCCCGUGGGAUACACGGGUCCCCACAGCGCCGACUUCCUCCGUGGUAUCUGCCUAUACCAAUAUGGCGGUGCUUGGAUGGAUGUAGGCUCCAUCUUGUUCCGUUCGAUAGACGACUUGUGUUGGAAUCAGCUGGCAGACCCGGACUCGCUGUACCAGGUCGCUGCUCCGUGGGCAUAUGAAACAAACUUGGCAAACCACUUCGUUGCCAGUCGCAAGGGAGAUCCCUUCAUCAAGAGAUGGCAUGAACUGUUCGUGUUCAUUUGGAAAGAUCGAACAAGUGCAGAAGGUCUUUCCCAGAAUCCACUCUUGGCCAAUGUCAGGGAGAACAAUCUGGAUGCCCUUCAUGCCCGCGGAUUUCUGUGGAACUGGGACAGGCCUGUUUCUCAGGUUGUCGAUUAUGUAGCACAGAUCGUGUGCUGGAACCGACUCAGUCGUAUUCAGGAGCCGAACUGUGGGUUCGACGGCGCUGGGUACUACUCCAAGCAUGUUCUUCUCUUCGACGCGCUCUGGGAGGACUGGCCAGCAGAGGCCCUCAUUGGCUGGAACGGUGAAGAGCUGUUCGACUUACUGGCCACUCGACUCGACGCGGACCCGGAGUCCGAGGCGUACCAAAAGGCUUACAAGACGGUUUGGUAUCUCAUCACAUCUUCGACGAUGCAAAAGGUCACUCGCACUGGGGGCCUGACGUCAACCAAGAGUCUGGGUGAACUUUGGGACAUGAAGGAGAACGAGGAAAAGGAUCGAGAGCCUGGUACGUUCGCUGAGUUGAUGCGUUACGGGGCUGCCCACUUUCGGCACAAUCAAAAGCCUAAGUAUGUCCCUCCUGUUGAAGCGAAAAGCAUCAUCAAGAAGGGUCUGCUGGAGCCUUGA